CCGGAGAGAAAACAUGGAACCAGUACCAUCAGUUAGUUCUCCUGCACCGCCACCACUGAUAUUGUGCUAUUUCUUUCGUAUUUGCGGAUCCAGCGAUCCUUCCUCUGGUGAUUCCGGAUCUUCGUCCUUCUUUGACAAUUUCGCUGCAACUUGGCAGGAGCAACUGGACGCAUACGCCAACUUUCCCACCAGAAUAGAUCGAUUGCAGAGUGACUUCGAUGCUGUCUUGGCUUCACUCAAAGAUGCCAACAUUGAUCCGGUCUAUCAAGCAGCCCUAGACGAGAUAGCUCGAAAGUUGAAACAACUUACCGAAGCGAUGAAACACGACUUCGAGAGCGGUUUGGUUUGGGUGCCUUCCAAUGCGAAAUUGUUCAUAAAAGAUGCUUUUGAAUCUUACUAUUCAUCUAGAGACAGCUUCAUGCAGCUAGCGAAUGCAUUAAAAAACAGUGGAAGUGAGGCAAAAAAGCUUUGCGCUAUGGAUUUUAUUGAUUCAAUAAUCACAAAUGAACUGAGUACUUUAGAAACAGCGACCAACAUUAUGCCUAGCCUAAUACUUCUCCAUGGUUCCAUUUAUAAUCAGUUCAAAAACGUUCUAGAUCUGACGACAGCAGCAAUCAUUCGUGGAGUAACCAUGCAGGUCGAGACGUCGAAGUUCGAUACCUCAGCUUACUUACCAAGCGAUAUUAUCGUGCUAUAG